GAGUGUUGGAUCAAGCCUGGACCUGAGAAAUGGAUUCCUCAGAGUUGUAAGACCUGUGACCAUGUUGAGGACUCCACACACUGGCUUCAGAUUGAACCCUUGACUUCCACUGUCCAGGGAGUGACAAUGUUCAGACACAGGACACCCAAAGGGAGUUAUGAGUGCACAGUGUCUGGGCUCCGCUGGCGGUGUGAGAGAGAUGUCAUUCUGAAGUAUCACUUCAGGAACUGGGAACCCUACAGUCAACUUCUGAAAGACAUGCAGUACACACAAGGUGGUCCAUUGCUGGACAUCACUAUGGAGUUAGGUGAACUGGAGGAAGUUCAUCUGCCACACUGUGUCUGUUUAGGGACCAACCCUUCCCUGAGGAAUGAGAUGAAGAUUCUUCAUGUAGAGGAACAUGGAGUGUCUUUAGAGGAAGUGCAUGAGGUCACCAGAUUCCAUGCUAAGAUUCUCCAUCCCAAGUUCUCAGCUAUCUCUGUUAUACUGAGCUAUAUCCUUUCUUGGAACGUAGAUGUCCACUGUGAGCUGAUGCUCUAUCUGACAGUGAUGAAGGAAACACUAAUUCCACGCCUAUACCUGUUCCCCAGUAACCCCGGCCAAAUACAGGCUGUGGAACAACAGGAAUCAAAGUUUCAAGGGUCUAAAAGGUUUCCCAUCACAAGACCAGAGCAGUCCUUCAAACUGAAGAGUUCCUUCAGACUGAACAUUCCCUGUUCUACCGCCAUCAAUCCACCGAGGAUUCAUCUCAUACAUAGAGACACCACACCAAGCUUUUUCAAGGCGGUUGUGAAAAUGACAGGGAUUGACAUUGAGAUGGAGUUAUUCAGUGAUGAUGAGAGGAUAGUAUGGACAGAAAUAGUAUCACGAGAUGAAUACUAUCAGAACCAAGCAUUAACACUCCCUGGGAUUCCUGCUGAGGAGUUUCUGAAGAAACACAGGGCUAAACUCAUUCAGGGAGUCAAAAACCCAAUGCCAAUAGCAGAUGUUCUGUCGUCAAAGGGCAUGAUUGGUGAUGAAGAGUACUCCAGAAUAACAGCUGAAACAACUGAACAGGAGCAAAUGAGAGAACUACUGAAUGCAGUCCUCCCUAAAGGACCAGAAGUGAUGGGAGCUUGUCUCAAAGCUCUCAGUGAACAUGAACACCAUCUUGUUAAGUACUUGAGUGAAUCUAGCACCUAAUCUGAAGAUGCUGAGGUCUGUCUCCUAGUCUGUGGACAAAGACACUUCUCCACCUAAUCUGAAGAUGCUGAGGCCUGUCUCCUAGUCUGUGGACAAAGACACUUCUCCACCUAAUCUGAAGAUGCUGAGGCCUGUCUCCUAGUCUGUGGACAAAGACACUUCUCCACCUAAUCUGAAGAUGCUGAGGCCUGUCUCCUAGUCUGUGGACAAAGACACUUCUUCACCUAACCUGAAGAUGCUGAGGCCUGUCUCCUAGUCUGUGGACAAAGACACUUAAAUUACUGUUAGGGAAAUUAUGUUUCCUUUUCUUUUAACAAAUGUCUGUGUUUUAUUCAUGUGCUGUUCUAUAAACCAAUGUGUGUUCGUCAAGUGGCUGACUGUACAAAUCCUCACUAUCAGUAGCUGUAAUUUGGCAGUAAACCCAGAUUAUGUUUUGAGAACGAGAUAUCUCAGUUUCAAGAUCUCAUCUUAGAGAGAAGAAGACUGGUGAGGUGUUGGUCUGUCAAAUGCUAUGAACCAGUAGUGCGGUUAGCUAGUUGCGAGGAUCCAGAUGAAAAUGUUGAGAGUUUGCGGUAGGAAUCCGGGGAUAUGGAGAGAAAAAUAGGUCCUUUAUGCUCUGGUUUGA